AUGAAUCAUAUAAUAGAUGGAAUUACGCUAAAUGGAUUGGAUUACACCAUAGUUGUAUCAUAUAAUCACAAAUUUCACAAGAAAGCACCAAUAACAAUCUACAUUAAUCAACAAGGAAACCCAGAAAUGGGGGAUUAUAUUUACACGAUUUCAAAUUAUUCUACAUAUUUGCAUAAUCUGACAAAUAAUGAUCAAGUUAAACUGCUAAAUCAAUUGUUGACAAAGAAAUUCGAUGUGCCUAUAUUUUUAAAUAUUAGUGGGAAUAGUAUAUCUGCAGUUUCCAAUAUUGAAAUUUUCAAGAAUAUCGUAGACGUCAUAGAAAAGAAUAACCAGUAA